AUGUCAAGUCUCAAUGUCAAUCAACAACGCUGUUUAGGGGUGUGGCCCAACGAUGAAAUCUCGUACACAAACGCAUGCGUUUCUGGAUUCCUCGCUCUCAUCACAAUUCCUGGAAACCUUUUGGUCUUUGUGGUCGUUCUCAAAAACCCGAACGGCAAAAUGCGCACACCGUUCAACUGGUUCAUCCUGAAUCUUGGAAUUGCUGAUCUGCUCGUCGGGCUGGUGGUCGAGCCGUUGGGAGCCGUCGUACACGUUCGUGAAGCGUUCGGCUUCCCGUUGAAAUAUCACGUGUUUCUUCAGCCGUUCUACUUUACAGCUUGUACAGCGUCCGUGUUCAGUCUGGGCAUGCUCACAAUCGAUCGUUACAUUGCUAUUACGUCACCGCUACAGUACAGAGCCACCUUAAGUAACAAACGAGCAUUAGUAAGCUCGGUCGUGAUUUGGAUGAUCUCGAUCGCGCUGCCAUUUCUUCAACGCAAAAUCGGCUUCCUGUGGUAUUUUUUCGUGUUUGGCAAUGCCGCCGUGUUGGUGACGUUCUUCGUACUCGUGUUCGCCUUCGUGCGUGUACAUCUCGCAUUGCGUGCUCAAAUUCACGAGCUUAACGCGAUGCAAGGGUCCAGCGAGGAGAACCGCGCUCGCAACAACGCGUUGAAAAACGAAGAGAAAAUUACUCGUGCGUUCAUGCUGAUGUUGAUUGUAUUCUGCGUGUGCUACACUCCCUCGUUGUUAAUGAUCUAUCUGAUGAAUUUCUGCACAAGCUGUUCGUGUCAAGCAAUCCACUGGUUCAGAGAUCUGUCCUUUCUCUUCGUCGUCCUUAAUUCCUGCAUGAAUCCGUUCAUCUAUGCGCUCAGGCUGCCCAAUUUUAGAGAAUCCGUUCGAAUGCUCUGUGGAGGGGCUCGGUCUCAGGCUCGGAUCCCUGCCCGCGCCGUGCAAUACCAAGCCAAGACGUCGUCAGCAACACAGACGGCAUCCGCAAAAGUGACGUCAUCGUCAACAGGUGAAGUCGGCAGCAAUAUCCCAGUGACCGCCACCAAUAGCCAUGGAUUUAGUGAGAGCGCCUGAAGUACCUCGUUUGCGUCUAAUAAUGAACAGCUGAAGAUUGAAACAUUGUCUAUGUCAGAAUCUAACGCCCGUAUUCUAAAAGAUCACACUCAAUGAGUGGAGGUUCAAUUUGAGCUUCUCUUGAGUGUCAUUAGCUGUUUUUGAAGAGCAGGAGGGUGAGUGUCAUACCUUACUAUGUGACUACUCACCUUCCAGCUAUUGAAAAACAGCAUUGGCACUCAAGGCUUCUCAGAGUGAACCUCCACUCAUUGAGUGUGAGUGAGCUUUUAGAGUACGGGCGAAAGUCUGUACUGUAUAUCUGUUUGUAACAAGCUUUGAAAAGUCUCAAUCAGCUCAGGGAAUCUGUGUGAGGCUACAGUCAUUUUCAAAUGUGUUGGACAGAUGUCUUAACUUCCACCGAUUUUCUUGUCAAACUUCCAUUCCCCUUUCAAUGUUGAGUCUCAGUUAUCAUCUUACUUUGCUGUGUGAUCGGUUAAACAACAUUGAAUUGGGAGGGAGGUAUAAAUGUUUAAUAAUUUGGAUGUUCUAAAGCCGCAAGUGUCGUAACAACUUUUGAAAAUGAUCGUAGCUAUACAAUCAGUGACAUUGAAAUGUGGGACACUUUGAUUGCACGAAAGGUUAUUCUUGUAAAUAAUUAUAUUGUGCCAGUUCACAUUGUAAACCAUUUCAAUGUUGCAUUAUUUGCUGAGAGAGGUGUAUGGACAACACAACAAAAUUACUUCAGAUAAAAUACAGACUUUAGUUUUACA